AUGCCCAUGGGACCGCUAGAGCAAAUCUGGCUCAAAACUGCGGAAGCUUUGAUAUUGGAGCGGGGCAUCGUUGAGCGUACCCAGGAUAUCAAACGCAAUGCACAAGUAAUGUUGGAAUUAAUUCGCGAUGAUGGCAUGGACGAGGAGGAUGAGUGGUGGUACGGACGAAGUACACCAGAAUCCAUUCGUCCUCCGCUCGAAGCGAUAGACGAAGAUGCUAUGGACGGCGCAUAA